AACUCGCUGCGCCAUUUCUGAACUUCCCGCCAUCAUGUGGCACCAUCUUUGAGAUUCCUGUUUCCCCGUAUCUAUAAAACACAACUUCAAAAUGCCUGCUCACUUUAGAGCCGUAGACAACGCGGUUGAGAAAGUUCGGAAAGUGAAGGAAUAUGUAGAUAAUGGCUUGGGUGUAACUUUAGAUGUAGCGCUGGACUUGGAAGAAGUUAGUAAAGACAACGAGCUGGUGAAAGAGUUGGAAGAUACGAUGCUGCAGUAUGUUAGCAUGGAGAGAGAGAUGGACCAGUGCAUGAAAGCUGUCGAGCUAGCGAAGGAGGAGUUUAAUCGAAAGUAUGAUGUAAAUAGUGAUGAUUCUCCAAACAUUGAAGAUAUCUUCAAAGAAAAGUUGAGUUCUCUUGAAAAGAACAGCAAAGUUUCCGAUCUUGAUUCUCACCCCAAGGUGAAAGAAUUCAGGGAGAAAUUAUGGAACAUUCAUCAUCAGGGGGAACCUAUGCCUCAGACAAACACACAGCCAGGAACACAAGAUGAAGAUAUUAUAAUGUCACAGGCACCUGUAGAACAAACAAAGUGUCCACUGACUUUGAAAGAUAUGGUCAAACCAAUGAAAAGUAAAAUAUGUGGACAUAACUAUGAACAAGAUGCAAUUUUUCAGCACAUUAGCAGAGGGAGGGGUAGAGCUAAGUGUCCAGUCUGUGGACAGCUUCUCACCAAAGCUGACCUCGAACACAAUGCUGUACUGCAGCAUGCCAUAAAGCGAAAAAAUAGGAGAAAGUAAAUUAUAGUGAAAAAAUAGGAGAAAAUAAAUUAUAUGUAUAUUCUUGUUCUUAGGAGUUAAUUUUAGUUAAAAAGUAAAUGCUGUGUUGUUAGAAAGUGUAGGUAUCUGUUACUGUUAUGAGGAAUACUUGUAGUUUUAAGACACUUGCAUACUGUUAUGUUUUUCUAUGAAUGCUUGUUCAUGGCAAAAACAAGGAAAAAUUGAAUUGUUUUCAUGUGAUGAUAUUCUGAUAUUUGAUAUUAAUAUUAAGUAAGGAGUGGCAUAUUGUAAAUGAAAAUGACAAAGUUCUUUAAAGUGGUGUGUUUGUGAAUGUUUGUGACUCUAUUCUUGGAAACACAUAUUUGUAUAUUUGCCAUUUUAUGAACUGUAAAUCUAAUACAAUAGGUAUGCUUCACAUAACUUGACUUGAGGAAAUUCAUUAUUUGCUUCUGUUGUGACAGAAAUCUCUUGUAAGGUUCAGGAAUUUUGUGAAGUUCUGGGUGAACUAUAAUUUGAUCAUGACAGUUCCCAGUAUCAUGAAUAAUGUUUUAUAUCUUUUUUGAGCUCUUUUAUAAGACAAUGUUAACAUUGUUUUUUCUCACAAUGUUUAAAGCUGAUUUUACUUGAUCCCAAGAGAUAGAUGGAUGUAUAGAUGAGGAAGGAUGCUUGAAAUUUGUACAUGUGAUGUUGUCUUCUUAUUUUCCACAUAAUAUCUCUUAGUUGGUGUAUUUUUUUGAAUGAUUUGCAUGGCAAAGUUGCUGUUGAUAUCAAAAGCAACUAUGUUUCUUUUUAUGUCACUCCGUUCUUUGAAAAAUUCCAUCAAGAAAUCUUGUGGUGGCUUGAAUGAUUAUUAUUAUAAUCUGCCUGUGCAGGUCAGUUUAGAGCAAGGUAUGUCACAUUACUCUAGAAUUAAGAGCUCUCUCAACUUUAUGAUAUUUACUUAGGCUGACACCUCCUGAUAUAUGAUCAUUAAGCCUAUUUUUUUUUUUACUGUACCAGAAGGUUCUGAAUUCUCUUGAAGAAUUGGCCUCAAAUCUAUAAAAGUUGAUCAAUUUAUUGAAUAUUAAUAAUAUGAUGUAAAAAUGAAGACUUUUACUAAGGAGAAUAAAUACACUUUCUUUUAAUACGACAAUUAAGGUUGGGUGUCCUUGAGGGAAAUUGAAGUUCAUCAAUCUGGUAUGAACUUUCAAAGAUUAAGAGAAGUAUAAAGGAACAGAUCAGCGAACAAAUGAUCUUUUACCUUCAUUCCCAAUUUUUGUUAUCUUAAGCAUCGAUACAAAAGUAUUAUUAAUAAAUUCAAAAUCAGUCAUU